AUGGCACCGGAAACCAAGAAGGACAAGGCUCCUAAGAAGGUCAACCUGUUGGACGACAGCGACUCGGACAGCGAAGAUGGAGGGGCAGACAUCGCGGCGCCGACGCUGAAGGUCAACGAGGAGUACGCCAAGCGCUUCGAGCACAACAAAAAGCGCGAGGAGAUGCACAGACUCGAGGAAAAGUUCAAGAAGCCCGGCAAAGGCAAGCAUGCCGGCGACGACUCCGACUCUGACGGCGACUCGUCCUCCUCAGACGAGACCGAAGACGAAGAAGGCUUCCUCGCGACGGAGGACCUGGACGCCCAGAUCUCCGCCACCCUCAGCGCGAUCAAGAACAAGGACCCCCGCGUCCUCGACAAGAACUUUUCCUUCUUCCCAGAGGCUGCCGCUGGCGCCGCCGGUGCCGCCGGCGAGGCCACGCCCUCCAAGACGAAGAAGGAGAAGCCCAUGUUCCUCAAGGACUACCACCGCGAAAAGAUCCUCGCAGGCGGCGUCGGCGCCUCGGACGACGAGGACGACGACGCACCCGCCCCGCCGCAGACGUACAACCAGGAGCAGGACGCCCUCAAGAAGUCCAUCAUCUCGGAGAUCAACAAGGCGGCCGACGGCGGGCCCGAAGACGACGACGAGGGCGAGGACUUUGUCAAGCGGAAACCGGGACAAAAGGUCGCCAAGGUCGCAGACGGCCCCGCCGUCGACGGCGUGCACCCGGCCCGCGCGGCGCGGGUGAACAAGAAGACCAAGAAGCAAAUCACCGAAGACGACAUCAAAAACGCCGACCGCGACCCGGAGCUCUUUCUGUCAAACUUCAUGGCAGCCCGCGCCUGGACCGAGGGCGGCGAACACAACUGGAAGGCCUUCGACUCGGACGAGGGCGAGGGCGACGAGGGCGAGCUCUACGACAAGUUCGAGGAGGCCUACAACCUCCGCUUCGAGGACCCCGCCAAAUCGAACGCCGCGCUCAAGACGUACUCGCGCGAGAUUGUCAGCGCCCGCUCCGUCCGCAAAGAGGCCGCCACGUCGCGCCGCAAGCAGCGCGACGCCGAGCGCGAGAGGAAGGAGGCCGAGAAGGCGGAGCGCAAGGAAGAAAAGGCCAGGCUGCGCAGGCUCAAGCUCGAGGAGGCCGAGGAGAAGCUCAGGAAGAUCAAGCACGCCGCCGGGCUGCGGGGCGAGGAGCUCAAGGACGACGAGUGGCUGCGCUUCCUGAACGACGCGUGGGACGACGACCGGUGGGAGGGCGAGAUGAAGCGCCGCUUCGGCGAGGCGUACUACGCCGAGGUCGAGGGCGGCGCCGAGUCGGACGACGAGGAGGAUGCGGCGGGAGACGGCAAGACGAAGAAGAAGAAGAGCAAGCCCAGGAAGCCCAAGUGGGACGACGACAUCGACAUCAACGACAUCAUCCCCGACUUCAAGGACGACACGGAAACCCCGCAAAUCACACUCUCCGACGACGAAGGAGCAGCAGCAGCAGCAGCAGCAGCAGCCUCAGACGACGACUCAGCCUCAGACUCGGACUCCCGCCCCUCCAAAAAGCGCAAAACCACAAAAGACGUCAAAAAAGACCGCCUCUCGGCCAAGAAAGCAGCAAAGCUCCAGCGCGCCAAGCUCGAAGCCCUCGUCGACGCCAAAAUGGACCUCGACGCCGCCGACAUCCCCGGCUCCUCGUCCCUCCACAAAUCCGCCACCCAAGCCGCGGCCGCCAACGAGGUCCCCGCCUUCCGCUACCGCGAGACCUCCCCGCAGGCCUUCGGCAUGACGGCCCGCGACAUCCUCCUCGCGCCCUCGGACGCGGCGCUCAACAGCUUCGCCGGCCUCAAGAAGCUCGCCACCUUCCGCGACCAGGACAAGAAGCGCAAGGACAAGAAGCGGCUGGGCAAGAAGGCGAGGCUCAGGCAGUGGCGGCGGGAGCACUUCGGGGAGGAGUUCGAGAGGACGGGGCCGACGUUCGGGUUGGAGGACGUGGAGGUCAGGGAGAAGAAGGGGCGCAAGAGGGGUGCGAAGCGCGCCGUGCAGGAGAAGCGCGAGGGCGGUGGGGAGGGAGACGAGGACGUCGAGGAUGGCGGUGCCGCGCUCGACGGCGGGAAGAAGCGGAAGAGGUCUAGGGGGAAGAAGAAGGCUGACGAGAGUGUUGCCGCGGAGUGA